UGUUCAACAAGCUAUUUUUCAUCAAUAUUCCAAGUUUAAACAAAAACCACGUUUCGUUAGUUACAAUCUGAACGUGUUUGUGAUAACACUGUCAAAAUGUUAAUCAUAACCAUCCUAGCGAGUUUAAUUCCUCUAGGUUUAUGUGCGGAUUACUGGACAUGGACCUGUAGUGAUAACAAAUGUGUUAAAGAACGAUUGCAACCUGGCGAUUAUGCCGUUAGCCUUGAAGUGUGUGAGUUAUCGUGUUUUGAAUAUUCAAGAGUGUGGCCGAUGCCAAACGGCCAUUUUGAAAUGCAGCAACAGCUGACGGCCAUUUCCCUCGACCCUUCGUACACUGUCAACGCAAAAUCAAAGACUCAGAAUGAUCUUUUGAUGAAAAUGUUUGAUAGAUUCAUGAAUGUCCUUGAUAAGUACACAUCUUCUCCCAAAACUUCAGAAUUGCACAAAAAUACCACCAAAACAAAGAUACAUUUUAUUAUCAAUGAUUUUGACACCGCUCUACUUGAUUUUGAAGUGGAUGAAAGCUAUACACUUAAUAUUGAGAUGAUAAAUGAUAUUCCUGCAAUAAAUAUUUAUUCUCCAACAAUUUUUGGAGCUAGAAAUGCUUUGGAGACACUUAGUCAAUUGAUUGUUCACGAUUCUGUAAGUGACACUUUAGUGGCACCAACAAAAGUAAUCAUUUCGGAUGGUCCCAAGUAUCCAAUUCGUGGACUGAUGAUUGAUACAUCUAGAAAUUAUCUUUCUAUAGAUACAAUCAAGAAGACUCUCGAAGGAAUGGCUGUUAAUAAAUUGAACACUUUACAUUGGCAUAUUACCGAUUCUCAAAGUUUCCCGUUUGUAUCCGUGUCACUUCCGGAAUUGUCUGGGUUAGGAGCAUAUUCUCCUCGGAAAGUUUACACCCAUGAAGAUAUCCAAGAUUUGGUACAAUUUGCUUUGGUAAGAGGUGUAAGAAUAAUCCCGGAAUUUGAUGCUCCAGCUCAUGUUGGUGAAGGAUGGCAGGAUAGUGGAUUAGUGGUGUGUUUUGAUAAACAACCAUGGGGUUCCUAUUGUAAGGAACCACCAUGUGGGCAAUUUGAUCCAACGAAAGAAGAAUUAUAUUCUACUUUGAAAGUAUUGUAUAGAGAUUUACUCGCGGCAUUCAACCCUGUUGCUUUCCACUUUGGUGGUGAUGAAGUAGAAUUCAACUGCUGGCGUUCUGAAGAAUCAAUCAAGAAUUGGAUGAAACAAAAUGGACUUUCUACGUUUUGGGAUUCAGGUUAUGUUGAGUUAUGGAGCAUGUUCCAAAACAAAACCUAUAAUAAUCUAAUGCAGGAAGCUGCCAGACAAUUACCAGCUAUAAUGUGGACUAGUACACUCACAGAUAAACAACACUUACAUAACCUACCAAAUGAUAAAUACAUUAUCCACGUGUGGACAGACAAAAAAGAUUCAACAAUCGCAAAUCUCCUUCUGAAUGAUUACAAAAUAAUUAUCUCCAACUAUGAUGCAUUAUAUUUAGACUGUGGCUUUCACAAAUGGACAGGUUCCAGUGGUAACAAUUGGUGUUCCCCAUACAAAACAUGGCAGCUUGUUUACGAAAACAGUCCCGCGAUGAUCGCACAAAGUUUCCACGUGGGCAGAGACAAAACACAUUUGAUUAUGGGAUCAAUAGCUGCUUUAUGGACUGAAACAGUUGAUGAUGCAUCGGCGGAAAACAGGAUAUGGCCGCGGACAGCUGCAUUAGCAGAACGUGUAUGGGCGGAACCCAUUACAGACUCUGCUAGUGCAGAAUAUAGGUUAAAUUCACACCGGGAAAGAAUGGUUAAGUUGGGUAUUCAAGCAGACACUUUAGUCCCGGAAUGGUGUAGUGCCAAUCAGGAUAGUUGUACUUAAAUACUUGUUAAGUGUAAAAAUAUGUUGCAUGUUUAAUAAAGACAUAAUCAAAAGUGUAAUAAUAUCACAA